AGGUGCAGCCACAGCCUUCCCUGCAUCGCCCAGACCCCGAUCUCUUUUAAUCACGACCUUCUCCUCAUUCAAGCCGAUGAACUGCACGAGGGUCUUCCAUAUAUUGACACCAGGCCAUUACCAACUGUAUGUAUUAUGCCUAUCGACAUAGCCAUGAGGAUCUGUCUGGCUCGUUCUCCACCCUUGAGAAACUUUCUCGGUCCUUAUGAUCCUUGCCGGGGCCGAAGCUUUGCUAACAGGUUAAAGCCACUCAGGCCCUGUAUCAGCUCAAAGAAUGAAGCUGGUCCUUGUCAUGAAGAGUGGGCUGAUUCCAAGGACAAAAGGAAGAAAUCGGUUGUGUUUGCAGAUGACAAAGGGCUGUCGCUCACACAAGUUAAUAUUUUCUCAGAAUUUGAAGACCCGCUAGCUGACCUACAGUUUGAUCUGACUGACCUUGAAUACAUGACAUGCGGAUUGAAAAUUAAUGAAAUAAGAAAUCUAAUCCUGGACUUCACUCUGCCUUCUGCUGAUUACUUGACAUUCAGAAAUCACCUUAAGAAGAACUUUGUCAGUCUUGAAAAUUGUGCUCUGCGAGAGAAAUCCAUUGAAGGUACAGUUAAAGUAAAAAAUAUAAGUUACCACAAACUCGUCCAGAUCCGGAUAACUUUUGAUUCGUGGAAGACUUUUAAGGAUGUGGAGUGCUCUUACCUAAACGAUGUGUACGGUUCUGUUGACAAUGAUACCUUUUCUUUUGUUGUUGAUCUGCCAUCCUCAUCUUUAUCUCUUCAGGAGAGAAUUGAGUUCUGUGUCUCUUUCAAAAGUGGACAUCAAACCUACUGGGACAAUAACAAUGGUGAGAAUUACAGGAUCGUUCAUGCGGAAUGGAAACCUGAUGGUAUACAGGCUCCAAUCACCUUCAAGAGUGAAGUGUCAAAGAAUGGUGGGAAGGUAGAGGCAGUUGAAUGUGAUCAGUACGGUAGUCCAAGAGCAUCGAGUUUUCUGUUCCCUGACUGGCAAACCUGGAGUAGGAUUGAGAAGUCUCUGCCUUAUUGGUGAUGUCAAUGUUGCAGCAAUGGAUUGAAGCAAAAUAAGAUGAGUUGCCUCGAUUUCUGCCACAGAUUUCAGAAGUCCUACAUUUCUAAUCUAAUUAUCUUCAAGUCCCUCUGGAACCACAGGUACAUUCAUCAAUUUAGUCCAAGACUUUUCAAAAUGCUAUUGUGGUUGUUUGAAUCCCAGUAGGAUUCUUUGGACUAACCAUCUGAAGGCAGAUACAGAUGAAGGCAGUGGAUGUGCAAGUUUGGAUUGUGGAUGAUCUUGAGCAAUGUGCCAAGACUGAUGGAUUAACAAAGUGAAUGCGUUUUGGAUUUCAGAUGUGUGCAUGACAGUUGUAAUGAGUGAAUGAUUUGACUGAAGUACAAAUAAAUUUGCUAAAUGAAAAUCCUUUAAGAAAAGUUGCACAGAAAAGUACCUGAAGGGGACUGAACACAAGACAACCUGACUUCGGAAUGAGCCAACUAUGAUUGUUGAUUGUGUAUCCACACCAGGGAUUGUGCAUGUAUAUAAAAUCCGCGAAGGAAACUAGUAUCUGGAAAAAUAAAGUGCCUUAGCUUAAAAACUUAGCAAAGUCAAAAGGUAGAAUUAAAAAAAAUUGAAUACAGCGAUGAUCUGCCAAGUAUUUCAGUAGUAAUAAUUCACCACAAAUUUGACGCACCCAGAACUCCAUUACCUUGUUUAAGAUUAUCCAAACCAGACUGAAGUCCACAUUUGCACAGGAUUUUCAUGUCUGGAAUGGAAAUGACACACUCUCCCAGCUUACCUAAUUCUCUGCUUUUACACAUUACUGUCCAGCAUGAUUGUCACUACUGCAUUCUCCACUUGACUGGGGCAGUUCUGUGUUUUUUUCUUAUGUGCAUCAAUAAGUACACAAUGGUCUUGGAAGAUGAGAUCCUUCAUAUUGAAGGUUAUAUGACUAACCUGAAUUGGACAUGCAGAUGGGUGCAUAACUAAAGAUUGCUGGAGUCUUUGUUCUAUGACCACAAACUGUUAAAUUAGAUGUUUGCAUUUUUCCUGGUCAAAUGUUCCAACUCUUAAUAACUGUUGCUUGGUAUUUGCCAGCUUGGGAGCCAUUUUUACAACUGUUAACAAGGCAGCAAAGUUUAAACGUGUUGUAAAGCGUUCACUUGCGUAGCCUUUUGAUCAGUAAUGCAAUUCAAUGUGCACAUUAACAGUAUAUGUUUUCCAUGUGGCAUGGAAUAUGGGGAUAACAAUGCAUUUUUCAAUAUAAGUAGAGGAAAUUCCAAUGUAUGUCCAUGUGGCAAUUAGUGUGCUAUUGAAAUGUGAUCAAGAACUAGUUUCAGUUUGUUGCAGAAUUAGACUAUUGAGGUGCAAUGUGAGGAUGAAUGUGGUUAACAUGGACUCUGCAGCCACUGAAAUAUUUUUCUAUGGGAGAUUUGUUCUUGGUAAAGUAGCAAUAUUCUUUGAAGAAAAAAAUAAACAGUUUUAUAUUUA